UCUAAACGGUUUGUAAUUUGGUAAAUGUAGCAAUCAUAGUCAUUAUCACAUGAUCAUCAGUUAAUUGUGAAAAUCCAUGAAAACAAGAUGAAUCGAAAACUUCUCUGCCUAUUUUUCUUUGCAAUUAUAAGUUUGGAGUUCCUAGUUCCAUGCGCAAAUGCUGGCAUGAAUAAAAAACUCAAAAAAAUCAGUAGAUCUGCGAGCAAAGGUGCUAUGGAAACUGCCAAAGGAAUCGGUAAAUCAACUCUUAAAUUGGGAGGCAGUUUGGUAAAAACGGCAGGCCAUGGGAUCGGCGUGGGUGUUGGGGCUCUUGGCACAAGUGUUUCGAUAGGAUCUUGUCCUAUUAUGUGUUUGGGCUGCGCACCUGAGGAAGGUAUUCAAAUGGUUGAAGACUCAUCUCGCUAUUUAGGAAGACAAGUGGUUGGUACUGUGAAAGGUGGAAUUGACGUAGGUAAAAAUGCUGGUGUCUUAGGUAAAAAGAUAGCAACUAGCCCUUGUGUCUGUGGCAAAAAUACGCUGAGGGAAAUGGCAGAAAUCGAAACCCAAGAAGAAUUUGCGGAAUGGGUAGAGGAAGAAAAACGGAGAAAAUUAAAGGAACUACCAGAAUCAAGCAAUUAAUUACAUUUUUCAGUGGGUUUCAAUCAGAAUUCCAGAUUUCUCUUUCAAUGUGUAACACAAUUUGAAAAUAAAUGUACUUGCAAAUGAAUAGGGUAGCACAA